CGCUUUUAAAAUUUUUAAGUUCUAUUUAAAAAAAAGGCAACGUUUUUUUCUGAUCUGACAAACGAGAAACGACGAAAUUAAUUUCGUCUGUCAGUUGUCAAAAGUUCAGUCUGAUUUCUCAGAAAAGGCUAGCAGUUGUGGGCUUGUGCACUGGCUGCAAAAACAACCUUACCCCUGCAGCACCAGGAAGGCCAAAUCUGAAAAGAAAUCUCUGGCCAUAGGAAUAACACUUAGUCAUAUAUAACCUUGGGACCCACAACCUCUCCUCUUCAUUUUGCUGACAAACUCUGAAGCUGUUGAAGCUUGCAACUUCAAACUGCUACUCACUCCUUGUUCAAAGUUCAAACUCUGAGGUUAAAUUAUUAUAAAAAUAACAACGACAAAAAGAGAAAUGGCCAAAUUCCAAGUUGACAGCCCAAACGUAACGUACGGCGAUCGUUACAUUGAAGCGGAUUAUGAUUACUGUACAUCGCGCGUGGAGCCGGCGUCCGACGGAAGGUACAAGGUUACUCCAAAUACCUCCCGUCUACGAAUCCGGACGGAACGUCAAGUCCCGAAACUUGGCGUUAUGUUGGUUGGCUGGGGCGGGAAUAAUGGGACGACUGUGACAGCCGCCGUUCUUGCCAACAAGCUAGCCUUGUCGUGGCCAACGCGCAACGGACACCAGGAGGCCAACUACUACGGCUCCUUGAUGAUGUCAUCGACUGUCUCAUUGGGCAUGGGGUCUGAUGGCCGGGACGUCUAUAUCCCUUUCCAUGACCUGUUGCCCAUGGUCCAUCCGGACGAUAUUGUUCUUGAUGGAUGGGACAUUUCAUCGCUGGAUUUAGCUUCCGCCAUGGAUAGAGCUCGGGUUCUUGAACCUUCGCUGCAGGAACAAUUGCGUCCCUAUAUGCAAAAGAUGAAACCCAGGCCGUCAAUCUACUCGCCAGACUUUAUUGCAGCUAAUCAAUCAGAGAGGGCCGAUAACGUUAUGGGUGGCACGAAGCGAGAGCAAAUUGAACAGAUCCGCAAGGACAUUCGUGAAUUCAGGGCUGAGCAUGCUUUAGACAAAGUUAUCCUGCUCUGGACUGCCAAUACAGAGCGUUUUGCUGAUAUUGUUCCAGGACUGAACGACACAGCCGAGCAUUUGAUGCGUUCCAUCAAGGAGGAUGCCAGCGAAAUCGCACCAUCAACAUUAUUUGCUGUAGCAAGCAUCCUGGAAGGGUGUGCAUUUAUCAAUGGAUCGCCUCAAAACACUUUUGUCCCCGGUUGUAUUGAAAUGGCCGAAAAGGCCAAUGUAUUUAUUGGUGGUGACGAUUUCAAGUCGGGUCAAACUAAACUCAAGUCUGUGCUGGUCGACUUCCUCGUUAGUGCCGGUCUUAAACCUGUUUCAAUUGUCAGUUACAAUCAUUUGGGAAACAAUGAUGGCAAGAAUCUUUCCGCCCCACAACAAUUCCGCUCCAAAGAGAUUUCUAAAAGUAACGUUGUCGAUGACAUGGUGGAAUCUAAUCCAGUCCUUUACAAGCCAGGAGAAAAACCCGAUCACACUGUUGUGAUCAAAUACGUUCCUUAUGUUGGUGACAGCAAAAGAGCAAUGGAUGAAUAUACCUCUGAAAUAAUGAUGGGCGGUCACAACACAUUGGUUAUCCACAACACCUGUGAAGAUUCUUUGUUGGCCAGCCCCAUUAUUCUCGAUCUGGUCAUCUUAACUGAAAUCUGCCAACGGAUUACAUUCCGCGGACCCAACCAAACGACUUACCAGCCUUUCCAUUCAGUUCUCUCAAUCCUCAGUUAUCUGUGCAAGGCGCCUCUCGUUCCAGAAGGAGCACCCGUUAUCAACUCACUCAACCGCCAGCGAUCUAGCAUCGAAAAUAUUUUCCGUGCUUGCCUUGCUUUACCUCCGGUCAAUCACAUGAUGCUUGAACAUCGUUUCGCAAAGCCCCUUCACGUUGCAAGCCCGACGGGAGCUGCCAAAGGGGAAAUGAAGCUCGACAGCCCAACCAAAACCAAGCCUUAUGUCAAUGGCAUUUCUCAAAUCACCGAGGGAGUUAACGGUCUCUAAAUUUCAGCAGAGCAGUUGACUUGACUGUUUAUGGACCACCACUCACAUCACACAGCGCGGCUGUUCGCGUUAUGCCCGUCUCAAAUCGAGUCUUGAUCACUUUAGCGAAUUAACUACCCAUUAUUUGCCAAUUAUUCAUUUGCCAACAACCAUAACAAAAAGACUAGAGAGUAUCCAAAUUGAAGAGUACCAUUUUUCACUAAAUUACACCCCUCGACCAGUUGUCUCGCGUACAAUCAAAUACAGAGUUAACUGAAAAA